UCCUCGGUAUCAGCGAUAGAAGUUUCAAUUUAUUAUGUUUAUAUUUUAAAAAUUCAUCGAGUUUAAGAGGUUCAUCAAGUUCAAAAGUUCCUUCUUCAGUUUCCGUGUCCUGGAGACGUGUAGAGUCGAUUUAUAAACGGUGUAUUUUUAUGGGACAGACAUAGAUCGUGGUUUUAAGGCUUUUUUAGACGACAGAUUGGAGAAAAUCUGAAAUAUACUCGGCCAGCAAAAUGGAUGAUGACCAAGCAGAAAUCGCCAAAAGGCUUUGCCCGACCUGCAAACAAGAUAUCCCAAGUGCUAACUAUGAUAUGCAUGCCAUACAUUGUAAGAGAUUUCUGACAACCUGUCCACAAUGUGGAGAAUCUGUGAACAAAAACAGUCUUCAAGAACACAUUGAUGAGAAUCAUGUUGAAGUGAAAUGUGAUGUAUGUGGAGAAAGAUUAGAGAAAAUGGACUUGGAAAGUCAUAAGACAUCAACUUGUCCAAAAAGAAGUGUGAACUGUAAAUAUUGUGAGAUAGCAAUGCUUGCCUGUGAGAUGGGUGAACAUGAGGAGGCUUGUGGCAGUCGUACAGAUGAAUGUGAAAACUGCAAGAGAAGGAUCCUGCUUAAAGACCUGGAAGACCAUAUUGCCUCUGGCUGUGAAACACCACAUAAAGAAAAUGACAAAAGCACGCAAGAUCCAGGUGGAAUCGGCAAGCCAGAGAGACUUAUAGGUGGUGGAAAUGAGCGUUGGUCUGCUACUGGUGGAUACGGAUUCCCCUUCCACCCACAGUUCCAACCGAACUUUUAUACAAAUGAAGAAACAACAAAAACCUCUGAUCUUCUGAAUAAUGGUCCUUCCAGAUUCACAAGGCCUGUUCCAACAGCCAUGCCAAGAAGACUCCCUCCUACCGAAAGACAGUUUCCCACACCCCAAGACUUGAACUCUAGACAAAUCCCCUUCAAUAGGAAAUCCCGUGGGCCUGUUUAUGCAAAAGCAAAAGUGUCCAACGAAAUGGACACAAGUGAAGAGGAGAGAACUGAGGUUUUUAAGCGAUCAUCUCGUGGAACCUACAAUUCUAGUUCUGAUAGCGAUGAAAUAGGAGCUACUUUUGAUGAUGAUGAAAUGAAGGAUACUUCAGCACCAAAACCGUCUCCUGACUUGACAGACGAAACGUUUCUUCCUUGUGAAUUUUGCAGCGAAAUGCUUCCCGCCGAUUCGUUGAACUUCCAUCAGGCAAACUGUGACCAAGUUCCACCAACCCCUCGCUCACCAUCUUCUCCAAAGUUUCAACGGCUGUCCUUGGGCCGCCCUUUUCCAAGUCGGGCGUCGUCUUUUGAACCUUACCUUGGCGAAGCAUCAUCCAUCUCGAAGGGGUAUCCAUUUCGAAGAAAUAUUCCAGACAUCGGCGCGGGAUCAGGUCCUUGUGAAUUUUGUUUAAAAUCUUACCCCUUCGUUGAUCUUGCCUUGCACCAGGUACAAUGUCCUCUUAAUCCAAACCUGCAAAUUGUUGAGAAGCCAACUAUUUCACCACCUCCAGAACGAAAACGACAAGACCCAGAUGUGUUGCCAUCACCUGAUCUGCCAAAACCUUACCUCUCGCCUCUCAAACAGACGAAUUCUAGUGCAGUUUCCAAAGCGGCGAUCAGACCGAGUCCCAAUAUCGAAGCGCGAUCAAAACGCACACUGGCACCAACCUUUUUGGGCAACGCGGCGAGCACACAUUCGUUGGUUGCAAAAAAAACGAUCCCGCCAGAUCAACAACCCACCCUUAAUGAUCCUGGCAAUCCCUGUGUGACACCAGAGAGGAAGCCUCGCCAAAAUAGACGAAAAAGCAAGCCUAUAUCUAAAAAAACUCCAGCUACAACAAAUUUUCGCGAGGUGAAUGUUUUAGGUGGUGAGGCCCAGGGUCGAGGGAGGCCUAUUGGAUCUUUACCACCCAAUCGGGAAACUUUUAAUGGUUCCAUUCGUGGUCCAUUGUUAAAUAGCAGUCCAUUUUCAGGCCCAGGGAUAAACGAUGAACAUGCUGCUGAUAUGAAGUAUCUGUCCCAUUCCGACAAUCCGCGAACCACUCAAACUGCGGGCGUAAACCAAGGAGGAAAGAAUCGAAACCCGCGUGGAUAUGAUCCUAAGCGUGGACAGAAUUCUAAGCGUGGACAGAGUUCCACGCGUGGUCAAAACUUCUCGCGGGGACAUACUCCAAAGGGAGGGUAUAAUCGCACACGUGGACGACCCUAUGGUUCAAAUACAAUCACCAUACCGGCGAGACAAACUCGAAGCAACAAUUCUCGGCAGGUCAGCGGUAUCAGCACUGAGGACGAGCCAGCAGAUCUCGCCGUACAAGGUCGACCUUCAAGCAUUGAGCGACAGCGAGGUUCUGGGCAGCGGUUAGGUUCGGGAGACUCUCGGCAAGGCAUCGGUCGAAGUCGGCUCUGCCCUCCUAAAGAUAAUAACUGGAAAUGAAUCUUAGGUCAAAGUUUUCAUUAAGAAAUUUUUGACGGAUUUAUACCAGUAUGUUAACAAUAGUGAAUAUAUAUUGAACGUAGUCUAGAAAAGAGACUUCGUCAAUAAGUCAUUAAUGUCGGUAUCAUACUGUUUAAAUCUAUACUGAUAAAUUCUUAGCUACAUUUUUAAACCCUAGGCUUAGGUAAGAACUAACUCGGCCAUUUUCGGUGUGAGUUGUACUAACCAAAUCAUAAUAAUUUAUUUUCGGAAUCUUCGAUUCAUUUCCUUCGAUAAAGGUGUACAGUAUAUAUCUUUAUUGUAGAAAACUUCAUUUUUUGACUCAAAAAUAUGAAAGACGUGACAUAUAGUCAUUUAGGUGAAUUUCAAAUACUUUUUGUGCCUUGUUUCAAAAAUAUAUGGAAAAACGUCAUUUCCGGUGUCUUGAAACAGUGAAAAGAUUCAUGCCUAUGGCUAUGGAUUGCAGUUCUUUGCGACAAAAAUAUGAUACAUUUCUUUUGAAAUUCGUCAGAGAUUCAGAAUGCACCUGUUUCAAUCUGUUUUAAAACGAAUGGGGUUUUCAACUUUUCUGAAGUCUGAAUACCAAAAGCGAGGUUUUAUUUCAACCGGUAAUUCGCUUCACGAUAAACAUUAAACAUUGAAGGUUGAUUUGUGAGACGAUUAACUGAGGUUAACUGAGACGGCAUUGAAGCGAAUCUCUCUUACAACGGUUCUCUUUACAAAACUAUUCAAAUAUAAAUGAAUUUUAAACUAGUAGCUACAUAUAAUUACCAAUAGUAUAGAUUAAAGUUGAAUUAUAUUUCAUUGACUCGUAAUGUUAGAAUAUAAUUGACAUUUAAUUUACUAAAUGUCUAAAAUAUAAUGUUGGUAUACAUAUUAUAUUGUAUCUGUUCCAUCAGACAUGAAAAUCUUAUGAAAAAUAUGCUUAUUAAUUGUGAAAAACUUAAGUGGUGAAAAAAACUAAGUGUGUGCACUUAGGCAUAUUGCCAAUUU